AGAAAACAAGUAUUACUUCUGCUCAAGUGUUCUAGAGCGAGAGCGUUAAUUUUAUUGAUUGCAUUUUGCCACUUUAACGUAUCUCCGCAUCCUCACAUAUUUCUGAUAGUUGACGACUGUCCAUAAUGUCUAUAAUGAAACGAUGAUUUCUAUAUUCAUUGUGUUGUUUAACUUUAUAUCAAAAAGUUUCACACGAAUGACGAACGCGAAGGUACAUGCAAAAGAAUAAUUUAAGAACAAAUAUUGUCAUUUGAUCAAUCGCUUAAUUUAAUGCAAACUAAUUGCCACCACCGUCUAGAUACCAUGAUUCAACAAAAAAGUGUGUUAAUAAAUAGUACUUAAGAUCACUGAACUUGUGAGCUAGUAAUGCUCGAAGAGGAGAAGAGUCGACGAUUUUCGUAAUUAUUGGCUUGGUCGCAAUUAUUGCGAGACCCAAAAAAGACAACGUUGGUGUGUCAGCUUGAAGUGGUUGGCAGGCUUUUUCUCGCAUUUUGACCCUUCCAGUCUGUGCGCAUUGACAGAAAGUGAUUCGGUGCUGCCUAUUUCACUAUCGUAUGCAAAUCAUUGGUACUUUCAUUUGCUAGCUUUUUUUUAUCGUUGAAAAUGUAUUCUCAAGUAGAAAAUUGUUUCAAUGGUAGUCUGUAAAGUCGGUUGAAAAACUUGAAGUUCGGUUCAGGAGAUUCCAUAAUCCAUUCUUAACAUGCAGUCUGAACUGAAAAUUGUGAAUUAAAUUAGUCCGUUUGGUUCGAAUGAUAAACUUGUAAGUUCUGGGGGUAAAGUCGUAUGAAAUUUAUGCGCAAGAAAGAUACUUCACAUAUCUAGAAUUCGAAGUUAGCUAUGAACUUUACAACAGACAUCGGGAUAACCUAGGCAACGGGGUAGAGCAUACGAGUUGCGUCAAAAUUAGUCCCAAAAUAGGUGGCAACUUUCUCUCCAAAUCUCCCAAUCAAGGCGUUGCAAUUUCAAACUCAACUGCUUCAAAAAUACAAAACAGCUCGGUUAGAUGUGUAGGUACUGCGUACGAGUAACGGCGGUUUACAUCGAAUUUUACGAAUUUCAACACCAAUUAUGCGAACAUCAGGACCAGUCGAAGUAAUGAAGAAAAGCUGAAUGGCAGUAAAAGUGCAGCAAUACACUGAGCUGAUGAUCGAUGCUAGUUAACUGUUUUAAAUUUAAGCGUGCGUGAAGUAAGGUUUUGAAAAUGCCACAACAUUUUUUUACAAUCAAGAAGAGGCAAUUGAAGUAAUUUUUAUUCCAACGGCACGGUUGCUGUGCAUUUCUACGUCGACGAUUGUGUCGUGCUUUGACGCAUCGUGUGGUAUAACGCGUUAUGCGUAUCGUUUGAUCACCUUAAAGCAGAGGAUCUACGCCUGAUGCUGAGCGAACGUGAAGUACACAUAAGUCAGAAGUGGAAGCAAGAAGAUUAAGAAAUCAAAACCGGCGAAAGUGAGAUAAAAAAUAAAGGUCUUGGCAUAUAACCUAUGAUGAUCACGGUAUACGAAAAAGGUUUGCAUCAAGAAGAAAAUCGAAAAGAAAAGAUUGAUGAUAAAAAGAAUAAUAAAAAUGAAGGCGAUGAUUAUGAUUGAAUGUCAUGCAAAGAAGUGAAGUGAAAUGAAAUAAUCAGCGCAGUCAAAUGUGUCUGAUUAGUGAGUGAUGAACGGGGCUAAUGUGUAGCACGAAAUCUAAAAAUUGCGAUAACCAAACGAAUUUCAAUCUACGAACUGGAAGAGCCUCUUUCCAAAACAGGAAACAGUUUAACCAACUGGCGUUUUCUGUGUGUGUGGCGUAGGAACGAUUAUACUAUCGAGAUGUCACCGUUAUCGAUGCCGCCCAUCGACAGCUGUAGAGCAUAUAAGCGUUUUUUUGACUGACGGUCUGCGAGAUUUCGUUUCUAAAAUGUCUUAUGUGGAACACUCAUACUUGACUGCAACAUGACUGAUCAAUUUGCUUCGCGGGAUGCGUCAAAGAAUAUGAAUGCACUGCCGAAAAGCUUCGAAAAACUAACGGAUGAAGUACAGCAGCCAUGGAACAGAGCAAUACCAGAAUCCGAUUACAUUCAACUUGGUACAUUACGCUAUGGCGUGCGCUUAUCAAAUCCGAACUUGUUGAACCUCAAUACCAGUGGAAAUGAAGUUCACAACGGGGGCGAGAGCUGCACUCAAGACGCAAGAGCGUCUAUAAAUUCAUACGACAAUAACAUCAAUGGGAGUAGUACUGUGAGUGCGGGAGACAAUAGUAGGAGUAGUAGCAGCAGUGCUACCAACAAAAGUUGCUGUUGUGUUGGUGGAGGAACGAUUGGGAUGCCAUGGAAUAACAGUUAUACGCGUUCUCGAUUACCAUUGCCAAAUACUAUGGCUAAGAAUAGAAAAUCGUCGCCCUCAACAUCGGCAUCGUCAUCCUCUUCGUCAUUCACUCAUCAGCAGUUGCAUCUUGCUCAAAGACAAAUUAGUACACAGCAAGAAUUCAAAGGAAAGCUGAAGUACAAUAACGCUGUAGAUCAUUCAAAUUUUCCAAAAACUACCAAUAGUGAUGAUAAGAAAUCCUACGAUAGUACAAGUGUUGAUAAACAGAACCAGAACCGUGAAACGCCGCCUUCAACCAUUUCGACUGUUUGUUGUUACAGUAACAGAUUCGACACUGCUUCCAAUAAGAAUGCUAAAAAUAACAACUUAAGUAAGGUGAGCAACAAGUAUUCAGACAGUAAAACACUGAAGAUAGUGAAUAAUAGCAGUGAACACAAGGACAUACAAACAAGCGGAUCGAAUGGGAUUAAUUUAAAUUGCAAAAAUUCGUUGAAUUUGAGCGGUUCGGAAAAAAAUGAAUAUGGCGCCGUGAGUCGUACUAAAAAGAUCAGUGUGUUUCCUGCGGUUGUAUGCAGAAAGGAGACCGUUAGUAGCAGUGCAAACAGUGUAAAGUUACGAACUGAUGGUGAUGAUACAAAUAUAAAAUUUGGAAACGCACAACAGUUGAAAGAAUCAUGUCCUGUAGCAGUGAAUAUAAAUAAUUUGAAUAGAAAUAAUUCAUCGAGUUUUAGUGAGAAUCGAACUGAAUGCACAACGAACCAAAUUAAAAGAAGCCCCUUCGUUCAUAGAUAUGAAGUAGGGACAGAUGAAUUUUCCUCCUCUUCGUCAUUAUCACCUACACCAUCAAUACCAACAGAACCGUGGUUGAUUGAGUAUAAUACUGAAUUUACUGCACGUAGCUCGCCGGUUCCAUUGGCGAACUGUUCAUUUGUUAGUGAUUUAUCCCAGAAAACUCGAACUGGGUCACAAACAUCGAAAUUCUCUACGCUAUCGUCUGGCCCAAGAAAACUGCACACUUCACAUCAUCGCAUUAUCAACGAAUCCAUUGAUCCCACUACAAGCAAUCAAUCAAUUUUGAAAAGACUAGCAAAAGUUCACAACGAAUCACAAUUUACUUGCACACAAAAUGUCGAUUGGAAUUCAACAUACGAAAACGCUUCUACUACUCAAAACUUUAUGGGACAUCGGAAAAGUUCACUUCCUGUAAUACAUCAUGUGAAUGUCAUCCAUCCACAACGAUAUCGAAAAUUGUCCUCGGAUAUUGCUGGUGCGACGGGCAAUGGCCGAUCAGAUGAAGCAGAUUCAUCUGUGGUCAAAUGUCAUCUCACGCCAAAAUUGUCUCAUAAGGGAGCUACAGGGGACCAUUUAACCCCGGAAACGCGUUUGCAAUCAUUGAACCGUUACUGUGCACAGAACCUAAAUCGUAAUGUGAGUAAAACGGAAUCAGGAGAAAUCAGUUUUAUCGAUUCAUCUGAUCUGUCGUCGACUGGAGAAGAUGUCAUAACUGUGAUUACCGAAGAUGAAUACCGUGAAUAUCAAAAAUUUCAUUCGUUGCCACAUAAUGGUAAUGCUUUAGUGAACGAUUCUUGUCAAAGUGAUGGUGUUAGUACUCAAAUUUCCGAAUGCUUUGGUGUUUCCUCCUCAGAUGAGUUGAGUAGUGUAUGCAGUGGAAGUGACACAGUUCUCGCACCAGCGUCAUUCGAAUGUAUUGAAGACACCAAACGAAAUUUUCAUGUAGUUAGAUACCGAAAAUGCAAUGUGCCAGAUUUUCCAUACAGUGUUAGUUUUGAUAGAAAGCAAGGAAUUUCCAGUGGGUAUGCGAAUUCCGUUAAUCAAAACGUUACUACUUAUACUCAAAGUGAUACCAACAACAACCAGCAUAACAGCAACAUUGGCAAGGAGCAAACCUUAUCUUAUUUUAGCAAUAGGAGUAGAGAAAUAAACACGAUCUCAAACGAACGGUUUUCGUUGUUAAACAAAUUUAACGAUCUAUCACCGGAUAAUUCAUCGAGUAGCUUGAAUUGUUUUGGAAGAAAUCAGCUGUAUGCUAAGACAUCGCCGGAAAAACCGAUAAUGGACAGACGCAGUAACACACUCGAUAGACUGCAAAAAUUAGUGAAAAAGACUUCCACAGGGUCCAACGAAAAAUCUGGCGACAAACACGCAAGUAACAAAACUGAACGAUUAAAAGAACUUACCGAACUUUUGAAAGGCACAAGAGUUCCUCCUGUACCACCUCCUCGAAGACUGAAACAUCCACAAUGUAAUGAUAAAAGUUUUGAACGACAAAAUACUGCAACUUCAACCAGAAGUCUUCUAAACAUCGAUGGUCUGCAUAAGGAAGACAAUAAAAGUUGCUUGAAAAAAACUAAAGAAUCUCGAUCAAUCGAUAUUCCCUACCAAUUUGCUGAUAAUAACCAAUCGUCUGCUCCCAAUUCUCCUAGGAGUGAGCACAAAGUUAAUCUUCGAGCCAAUGUAAGUACAUCGAAUCUAGAAAAUUUAAGAAGUAAUACCAACAAAUCAACAAACAAUGAAGAUGUUUAUCCCGAGACAUCAUUUAAAGAGGAUGAUGAGAUUUUUACCAAGUUGCCAAGGCCAGAAUCACGAACGAUUGUAGGAUCAUAUACGCAAAAAACUAUCCCUUUCAGAAGUGCUUCAUUUUCUCAAGUAGAUUAUUCAUCGGGAAAGUACAUCAGAUCUGCUUUGGGGGCUAUUAAAAAUAGUUUAACGCGUGGAAAAGACAGUGCGGCGAUGGAUAAUGUUGUACAUUCGCAAGACAAAAAAGAGUGUACACGUAGUUGCAGUCCUGCACAGUUUACACCGACUUUAGAGUCGGAACAACUAUUUACUGAGGAAGAAAUACCUAGAAUAAUUAUCAAGAAAACUGAGCUAAAUAUCAAUUUAGCCUUACCAGAUGAAUUCGAGCGUAUUGACGGUGUAGACGGAAGAGAAUUAGCGUCUAACAGGAACUCUGACAUAGAAACUAUUGUAGAAGAUCCUGAAGCAGAACACAUUGAAACAAUUGCAAAUGAAGAAAUUGUACCAAAGAUAACUGAAAUAAAUGUGAACCAAGCAUCUGAAAUGAUUCUAGAACCGUUAGUAGAAGAAGGUAUUCCAAUAACACCACGAUCGUUGUCUAAGGAUGAAGAGUGUUUGCAACAGGCAACCACCUGUUUAAUACCCGUACCAGUAUAUGAUUGUGUCGUAAGUGAGUGGAGCACAGCACGUCCAUCAGAACAGUGGAUAGAUGCGUCCGCAACGGAAUGCGCAAAGUUAACAGAUUGCACCGACAGUAUUACAGAAGCCAAUGAAAAUGGGGUAGAAUUUUUUGAACCGAUGACCAGUAUUGUAAAUGAAACAGAUAUUGAAAAUCUAUCACAAUCAAACACUUCAAUAUCUACACAUCCCGUCACUGAAAACAUGUAUGACGAGCUGAAAACUUACACUGUGGGAGAAGAAGAAGAGAAUGAAUCUAUCAUUGUCACCCCACCGGUAUCUAUAGUUUAUACAGAACCAGACAGUUUAGUAAGUACAGCUAUCAUAGGGUCUCCUCUAACGUCUGUCGAAUCCACAGUAAGGCUAGAAACGACAGGUAUUGUUGAAGUAAGAAAGCGCCAUAGUAACAAUGAAGAGAAUGGAGAGGCGUUCAGUAGCUGUAAUAGUGAAAUCGAAGAAAAGCGAAGGAUAGAUAAGUCUAAAAGAAGAAAAGGAAUUUAUAUACAAUGGCCAGCAAUUGAUACGAAUAUUGAUCCUGAAUCAGAUUCUAAUGAUAAUUGCACUCCGGAUGAAAGCUGGCGACCAGAUAAACUUUCGAUUGAAAAAGAUUCCAGCUUAGAUUUAAGUGGUGAAAGUUUCCCUGAUCUCAGUACUAAAGACAUAACGUCAUCACCCGAAAAAAAUAAAGAAACACAUCUUCAUCAUGCUGAAUCGAGUCUAAUUGAACUUAAUACACCGGAUUCAGAUAUUGGGAAACCAGCUUGGCCAAAGGAAUCUCGCCGAAAAAGUUUGACAUAUCAAAGCUCAGACGAGAAGGACGAUUCUGCCCCAACAUCAAUUCCAAUGCGUUCAUUCCGAAAUCUUUUCCUGCGCUCUGACUCUGUGUCCGAUAAUGAAAGCGAACGUGCUUCUUCUAGAGAUCGUACAAGUGCAUCGCCAGCUCCAAGCUGCGAGUACGAUCUGAAACGGUAUUCCAAAAGACCUCUUCGAGGUCCUUAUGGUCAGAUGUUGGAGGCAGAGAUGAAAAAACCUUCCAAAGUGCACUACAACGAAAUAUUGGAAGAACUUAGCAAGCAUGAGAGCCCUCACUCAUUCCCAUCGUUUAGCAGAAAUCGGGGUGGCGGUAGUCAGUCAAUGGACGAAACCAAUGAUCGUCAUUCUAACAAGAUUUUCAAACCGCGCAAAACGAAUGCAAACCUACCAAUCCCAGCACACAGCAGAACAGCAUCCAGUCCAUCCAAACUGGCGGAUCUGGGAAACACCGAGACUACCCCAACAGGAAUUAAUAAACGCCAUCUUGGUAAUAUCGAACAAAGAAGUACAGACUCGGACAAGUCGGAAAAAUCUACUGGCAAGUUAGAAAGUAAAAAGUUUUCUUUGGACAGUCACUUUUCUGAAAAAAAUUCCUCGCAUGAAAAACACAGUAAACGAAGUUCUUCGGGAGCCAAUGAUAAGCAUCAGAAACGAAGCCUGGAUGAUACAAGGUAUUCUCAGUCAAGUCGAACACCAUCCGAACGUAGUUUCGUUCUAAACUCUCCGGAACAACCGAAAGGACUAGUAGCUUCUCCAGAGCUGCUAGCAGAGCUACUCAAAGGGUCAAGUGAAAAGCUAGUAGCCGAGCAAAUUUCGGGUGGUGCCAGCCCACACAACGCUAAUAAUGCGCUUCCAUCGGCUGUGCUCAAAUAUUUGGAUACACGAACUCAUGUCGUAGUUGAACUAUUCAAUACGGAAAAAUCUUACGUGGAAUCAUUACAGACAAUAGUACUGAAAUACUUAAACCAACUCAAAUCUCCGGAGAAUGCCGGAUUGGUUGAUACUCAAACAGUAGAUGAAAUCUUUUUCAUGGUACCGGCCAUCCUAAAUAUUCACGAACGAUUUCUUGAAGAACUUCGAAGACGUCUGGAUACUUGGGAUCCACUACAAAAAAUUGGAGACGCUUUUGUAGAUGUAUUUUCAAGGCCUGUAAUACUUGAUACAUACACUUCUUUCGUUAACAAUUGGAACCGUGCUAAGGAUGCUAUACGCACGACCAGGCAAAAAUGUCCAGCUUUCGCACGUUUUUUAGAAGCCAUGGCCCGCGAGCAUAAAGGAAAAUUAUCACUAGAUAAUUUACUUAUUAAACCCGUACAAAAGUUUCCCAACUAUGAGUUGAUAUUAUCAAGACUGAUUAAGCACACUGAUAUUGAUCAUCCGGAUCAAAAAUUGUUACAAGAAGCUUUAAAAUUGGUGCACGAUAUUCUAGUGUUUCUCAAUUGCAAAGAAAAGGAAGCAUUAGAAAACGGGCAGCGUGAGACUGUGUUACGAGAACUGGAAGGUGUCAUCGAAGGUAUAAGCGAUUUGGUGACUUCAGAUCGCGCCUUCGUGCUGUUUGAUCUCGUCUCAAUGCCUUCCGGACAGGCGACUCGGAAGGAACGAGGCUUCUUCCUGUUCAACGAUCUGUUAGUCAUUACCAGUAUUAAACGACGGAGCGGAACGAUCAGAAAGACUAAUAUAACUUGUCCAGGAAGUGUGGCGUCAACUUUGGACACAAAUAAAUAUAAGUUUUUAACUAAAAUUUCGCUGGAUGAUCUGGAAAUUGUUAAAUCCAAAGAUGAGAACAUCAGACGUAUAAUGAGAGAAAUAGAACAUCUAUCGGAGGAUUCAAAUAAAUUAUCCCAAAUGUUGGAGUUAGCUUCAAGUUUGAGAUGUACCCACCAACUGCUUGAGGAAUCCAUUAGAGAGUUACAGCGGGAAGUACAGCGGCAACUGUCUGAGCGGCAGACCAAUGAUGCUCAACUGAAUAUUUUAGAAUUAACCCUGAAAUCAUCAAAUGGUAUCCAAAAUAUGACUGUGGUGUUUUCUAAGCCCGACAAGAGAACCCAAUGGGAAGAGGCAUUUACGGAGGCCAAACAUAAACUUGCGAGCAGCGUCGAACGAAGCCAGGUGCCCGAAUUUCUCGUGUCUGUACCAAUAAGAAAAACCAGAGCUGGCCUUCAGUUCACUUGUGCCUCGCCAACACUUGGCAUUCAGCGUGAUGUCUGGGUGUGUAACAGUGACGGAUACGUCGGACAAGUGUGUGUGCUCAGUUUGGUACCAGAACCCACUGUUACCAGCUGUAAUGGCGUAUGUAACGCCAGAAUACUCUGCGUGGCUUCCGUUCCUGCGUCGGAUGAGAGUCAUACGGCAAGCAAUGUCCACACUGCGAUCCAGGAACCGCCGGCGUCCAUAGCUAGCACAAUUAAUUCGAUAGUCAAUUCGGUUUCUAAGCCCAGAGAUAAACGGUGUACGAAACUAGCUGAUGAUAACAUCACUAGUGAGAAGAAUUCCAGUAAUAUACAGCUUGAUUCGGAUAGCUCCAGCGAAGAUUCGGAGACAGAAAGUCAACCUGAACGAUCGAUCAGUCCCACACAAGCUACUGCCUCAACAGAACAGAUCCAGUUAUCUGUAGUACAUCGCCCCCAAGAAUCGAACUCUGAAGAGGCCGAUGUGCAGCAAUCAACAAUGUGGCUCGGUACAGAGGACGGUUGCAUUCACGUGUAUAACUGUACCGAUAAUAUUCGAAUAAAGAAAAACAAGAUCAAGAUUCCACAUAUUAGUGCAGUAUACUCCAUUUUAUACUUAUGUAACAAAGUUUUUGUUUCGCUAGCAAAUGGCGAUAUAUGCGUUUAUACAAGGGAUCAUAAUGGUUGGAAUACUACGACGCCCCUGACAGUAUCCAUAGGGACUGUUACAAGUCCUGUUACGAAGCUUUUAAGCGUUCAAGGAAAACUAUGGUGUGCGAUUCAGGGGUGCAUCAAAGUGCUGAAUACAACAACACUACAGGUCAACAACCACUUACAAAUUUCGAUUGAUUCGAAGCCAGUCACAAAUAUGACAGCAUUGAAUGACUAUGUCUGGAUAUCGGUGCAGAAUUCAGCGCUUAUCAAGUGUUGUCAUCAUGAAAGUUUUGAAAUUAUUUUCGAAGUCAAUUUAGCACCAUCUGUUAAUAAAAUGCUAUCCAACUGUGAUGACAUAAUUCGACAACAUAAAGCUGCCUGUUUGCGAGUGACAUCCUUACUAGCGUGUAAGGAUUUAAUUUGGGUAGGGACGAGUGCUGGCGUUUUGCUCACAAUCGCUGCUUCGAAUAUUAGCAAAGGAUCGCCUAUUCCCGCGGUGACAGGAAUACCACACGGCCAUACAGGACACGUUAGAUUUUUAACAUUUGUCGAGUCACCAGAUAGUGCAGAUUUUCCCAAGACAAACCAUAGAAAAUCAGACUCAGUGAACAAUAAAACAAAUCCUAAUUUGUUGGUUAUCUCUGGUGGUGAUGGUUAUGAGGAUUUCCGAGGUACUGGCAAUAACACGAUGAGUGAAAUUGCUGGACGAGAGGACAGUACCAAUCACUUACUUCUUUGGCAAAUCUAGUGUUACAGCUGCAUUUUCUGUUGUUAGUAACGGAUGAAGCCAAUUCCUCUCACUAUGCCUUUCGUUUAGUAUAAAAUCAUAAAAAUUGGCAAGCAGGACUUGCGAGAUAAAACAUUGGUAGAAAAGAUUAGUAGCACCCGGAGUUCGAAUAAUAACAUUUUAUUUUAUAAAUCCUUCGACAAUAAAGAUUCACAUGUAGCUACAAUUCCAAAGCAGACAUAAGUAUCUAAAGAAUAAUAUAUUUGCACGAGGUUUUGGCAUGUCGGAAAUGUAUGGAUGUUGAAAUUAAUAAAAUUGUUACUUAGUCUAAUGUUAGUUUUUAAAAUGGCCUAAACCUAAAUGAAAAUUUUAAAAUGCACAAACAAGAAAAGAAAGGUUUCAUCCAUCAGAACACAGGGGAGAUUUUUGGAAACAAUUCUAGUGCAUAUAUUAUAAUCCGAAACCUCAACCCUUGAUACCAUUCAUAACGUACUACUUGAAACACUUUUAUGACUGUUGAAGUAUUACUUGUACUUAACGUAGAAGAAAACUUUAAUAACUGCACAUUGUAAUGAUAAAAUAUACAAAUACCAAAAACAAGGCAUAUGGUAUAAAUAUACAACAAACUCAAUCGUUUCGUAUGAAUUUGGUUAUUAGGCUAGUUGGCAACAUUUCCCGCUGAAAACAUGUUAUCGUGUACAGAUCAUUUAUACAACCUUUACGAUGUUUGUAAUUUUCUAUGUAAACAUGGCGUUUUCGCGAUGAUACAACAAAUAUAGUGAAUAUUCCAAGAACGUAAGCCCAAGGUUCAUCUUAUUAGCUGAAGAUACAAUAUCAUUGUUCAAAAUACCUGAAGGGAUAACACAUAGUUCUAUGUCAGAGAAAUUUAUAUUUAGCUAAUAUAUAACAAAUUUUAUUGGCGUAAUCGGAUGCUUAGUAUCAUUAGAUAAACGAUAACUUAUUUAUAAACAAAAAUGAACAUGUAUACAGGUGAUCGUCAAAAUGCAUACAAACAAUUGAAAUAAAAGUUAUAAUGUAUGAUCAAUAAAAAGAAA